UAUCUCCAGGAGGGCAAGGUGGGCUUCAUUGAGAACACACUCUGUAAUACCUUAUACGGGCAAAGAACUGGCAAAGACGAGACCUACGCUGUGCAUGAGGAGAUGGUGUGUAGGGAGGACUUGACUGGGGAGUGUCAUGGGGCAGGUCCAAAAGGGACCCCUGAAGCUGAAAGGCAUCGCAGAGCUUGGAGUGACUAAGCGGAAGAAGAAAAAGAAGGACAAAGACAAAGCGAAACUCCUGGAAGCAAUGGGAACAAACAAAAAGAACGAGGAGAAGAAGCGGCACAGCCUGGACAAGCGGACCCUGGCCCAGGCGGCCUUUGAGAAAAUGCAGGAGAAGCAGCAAAUGGAAAGGAUCCUGAAGAAAGCAUCCAAAACCCACAAGCAGAGAGUGGAGGACUUUAACAGACAGCUGGACACACUCACGGAGCAUUACGACAUUCCCAAAGUCAGCUGGACAAGGUAGCUGCCUGCCCCCUGGAUGGAGCAGCAUCGAGGUUUCGCCAAAGGCCACGCUGGGGUGGUGUGUGUUUCCUUUGGUAUAUUCUAGACACACGGUUUUACACACAGCCUUGCGUCUUCUGCUGCAGACUGCUCUUUGAAGCUGUGCACCCUCAUUCUGGAACUUGAUUAAAGUAAAAUUGUCCUUGUCCUCAGUUUAGGUUUCUUGGCAAUAUAUAGAAGAUACACCCUUUUCAUUUGGAUGGAAAGUUUCUAAGUUUAUCCAGAGGUGAAUGUUUUUAUCUCCGAGUUACAGCUAAUGCACUGAGGCCAGCCAGCUGUCUUCUCCCAGAUGAGACGGACUCCAAAGGGUCAAGAGCUGACAAUGCCAGGUGGCCUGCCAUAUAAACCCCAUAGGACCCAGCAUGGGUGCCCUUGCACCUUCCUGUAACUUGGGGCCUGUGCUAUUCCUUGCAGGCCCCAGAGAAGCCACUCGCAACUCUGUGGCCUUGAGACUUCCUCCUCAGCCACCUGGCCACUGAGACAGUGCAGCCUGGCUGGCAAAACAGCCACCUAGGGGAAGAAUGGAACAGACACGCUUUGUUCCUCUCUGAGCCUUUUCCCAAAACCCUCCUUCCCUUUUUGAGCCUGUUCCCAAAACCCUCUUCUAAUGGGCGUUGCCAUGACAGACAUUGUUAAUGGAUCACAGCAUUCUUUGACAUGGAACCCAGAUACAGCCUGCCUCAGUCCUCAGCCCGGGGCUCCUAGCAGCUCUUGUAUUUACUCAGAGUUGACCCAUCUGAGUAAAGGCUCGGAGCCUUUUUAGCAUUCCUAUCCUAAGGAUGCCUCAGGGGUGACAGGAGCAGAGCAGAGCACCAGCACAGACAGACAUGGGUGCAGUCAAAUGGGAGGGCUCAGGCAACCAUGGUGGAGGGCUGGGAUCUUGUAGGGCCUGUGUGUCCUGGUUGACAAUCAAACCAGGUGUUGCUGGAGAAAUAAUCUCUGUUGAUGGAGCUAUUGAAAGAAUAACGAAGGCAGAAGAGAAAAACCAAGUGUGGGUUUUAGGGUUGUCCUGUGUAAAUUACACAAUAAAGCAAAAGCCAGUUAU